AUGCUUGUACAUGAGCAAGGACGGCAACAUAAGGAAAUUAUGAACCAGCAAAAUUUGAGAAACGAUUCCGAUUACACCUUCACCACAACUUACUCCUCGAUAUCAAACAAUGAGAAUUAUCAUUGCGGCAAUAGCAUAUCAUACGAAUCAUUGAAACUAUCCCCAUCUCAAACAAUGGCGAAAGUAAUAUCGAAAGAUAGAAAAGGACUCAACAACAACAGGAGCAAACGGAAACAAAGGUGGACUGGAUCUUUUACCAAGGCAGCCAUAAUAUCAAUUCUCGCAAGUGUACCUCUUGCAAUUGCAGAUUGUAUUUCUCUCUCAGAUUCUACUCAAUGUCCUGCAUUUACUUCCGCCUCAAUUGAUACAAACUUGACCGGACUUUUCCCAUUUUUAUCAUAUGUUUCCGAUCGCGCUACUUUCGACACUCAAUUAAGUGCAUACGUUCAAACAAGCUAUGUGCAGUCAAAGUACCAGCAACUUCUCGGAUGCGGAAAUAUAAAUCUUACAAAUACAUCAAACCUUUACGCUCGAUACACAACCACAGUUAUAUGUAAUUCUAUAAUACAGAAUUCCAAAUCAUCAUGUAGUUUGUCGGAUACCCAAGCACCGCCAGUUUGUGCAGAUUCUUGCGCCCAAUUCGCGGAGAGCGAAUCGAUAAUAAUUGCUGAUAGUCAACUUUGUUCCACUCCCGGAAGCAAUGCUAUUUCUCAAAUUCGUGCUGACUUUACAAAUUGCGCAUUACCAUCAGAUUCGUUGACUGGAUCUUGUGUAGAAGGUUCCACUAAUGAACCAGAUAAUUGUGGAUAUGGUAAUAGCACGUUCGGAUUAUGUCAGUACUGUGGUACUGGUGGACAAAAUAGUACAGAUACUUGCUGUUAUAAUUCAGGAGCAGAAUCACGCUGUGCUGGUGUAGUCUUACCUACGAUUACAGGAUUCAUCACCUUCUCCACAAGUACUGCCUCCUCAAGUUCAGGAACAUCGACUCCAACAUCAUCUUCCACCGGUGCCGCCGCCGCCGCCUCCUCAACAUCGAAUAAGGGAUUAUCUAGUGGUGCUAUUGCAGGUAUCGUUAUUGGAUCGUUACUUGGUUUGGCUGCACUUGUUGGCUUGAUAUUUUUCAUGUGCUUGCGCAAACGACGUGGAAGCCAGCAUGGAAGUAUCUUAAAUCAACCGACACCUGCCAGAAAUAAUGGAAUGGCAUAUAACCCCGUAAAUUCUAAUACUACCCCUGAAGGAUACGAAGUACUUCCUGGAGGACGAAUCGCCCGGAUGUCAGCACUUGAAGGACAUUCUCAUUCUGGACAUUCUUCUUCCCCACGCGACAGAGAUGGAGCAAUUGGUGGCGCCGUAUUAGGAGGUGCGGCUGGCUAUGCUGCGGGACGAAGACAUGAUCGUGAAUCUUCUUCAAGUGAUUUUGGGGAUAGUCCUAGAUCAGGUAUGCAAGGCGGAAUUCUACGACCACCUCCAAAUAGACGAACCGGUUCUCUUUCUAGUGGCUCAGUUCUUGGGCUCGACGAUCCUCAAACUCCUGGUACUGGUAGUAUGUCAUCACCCCACGGCGUGGCUAGUAAUCAAUCCGAGCAACUACCAUUCUUCAAGGAUUACUACUCUCAAGAUGAAAUUCACCCGGGCGACAAAGUUGCAACCUUAUGGGCGUAUCAACCACGUGCCGGAGAUGAAUUUUCAUUGGAACGUGGUGAUAUGCUCAAGGUUGUUGGUAUUUGGGAUGAUGGAUGGGCUACCGGAGUCAUGAUAAAUGAGCGCGCCGAUGAAUGGGACGAAAAGCAUAAAGCACAACGCGAUAGUGGGGUCUCGAAUACAUCUGGACGAAGAAAUGAUUCUCCAAAUGUUAGUGGCGAGAUUAAAGCUUUCCCAUUAGUUUGUGUUUGUCUUCCAGAUCAUUGGAGGAGGACAAUCGAUGGUGAUGGUUCGACGGAUUCUGGUGGUCCACCAGGCCUAUGA